AAUUUAGGGUUUGCAGUAAAUUGGGGAUCGCAGAAAUGACGAGAUUCUCGUUAGGCGGAGAUGAGGAUGGAGAAGGACCCAGCAGCCCCAGGCAUAAACGACGUCGUCUUGUUCUUCGCCCCGCUGCCUCUAUCACCAUAGGCGAACGCCGACGAGGUGGUCUACCGGCUGUUGGCGACGAAUCUGCAUCGUCUGAAUCCGAAGAGGAAGAAGAACAGAGUGAGUCCGAAGAAGAAGAAGAAGAAGAUGAGAAUGAUGAUGAGACAGACGGUGGUGAAGAGCAGCCGCCGCGUCGGACCACCCUCGAAUUGGGGUCAGCCUCCGCAACUCUACAGACUGCUCUCGCUUCCACCACCACCACCGCCAUCACGACGGAUAGGUCCAUUUCGAUCACCUUGGCCGACCCGGAUGUACUCGAUUGUCCCAUUUGCUGUGAAUCGUUGACCGUCCCCGUCUUCCAGUGUGAAAAUGGUCAUAUAGCUUGCUGCUCCUGCAGCACGAAGAUUAAGAAUAAAUGCCCCUCCUGUUCCUGGCCGAUUGGUUAUAGUCGUUGCCGUGCCAUUGAGAAAGUUCUAGAAUCAGUUAGAAUGUCUUGCCAAAACAUCAAGUAUGGUUGCAAAGAAUGGAUGACGUGCAGUAGUAAAAAUGAGCAUGAAAAGGCUUGUGUGCAUUCACCUUGUCAAUGCCCCCAUUCAGGCUGCAACUUUGUCUCUUCAAUGAAGCAGUUAUACCAGCAUUUCAGCAGUAACCAUUUGAACUCUGCAAUACGCUUCCUGUACAACUCCAGCUUCUCACUUACAGUAAACUUUAGUGACAAGUUUCUUGUUCUCCAAGAACAGAAUGAUGGCACAUUGUUUGUCCUUGACAAUCAAAAAGAAGUUGUAGGAAAUAUGAUGAGGCUUAGUUGCAUGCAACCUAGAUUUAUGGGAGGCUUUUUCUAUGAUCUUACUGCUAAAAGAAAAGGAUGUUUGCUCAGAUUACAGUCCUUCACAAACAGCACUCCAUUGCAUUAUCGUAUCCCUACUUCAUCUGGCUCCCUUAUAAUCCCAGGUGAUUUUUUCAGUUCUUGUGGCCGGAUCAAGAUGGAUAUCUGCAUAUGGCGAAACGGUCAGUGCCCUCCAUCCUUCCAAUCAACUAAUGUUACUUAAAUCUAUCAAUUCUGUAUUAUGCUAGAAAUGACAUUAAACUGUUGGAUUCACUCAUAUGGUCAUGUAUAAAUAGAUGAUUUCAAUUUCAAUUGAUUUGGUUUUUUGUUUAUUUGUU